AUGGGGUUGAAAUUGGAGUCCACAGAACUCAUAGGCUUAAAGAACAACUCAGGUGUGACACCAGCUGGGCAGUGUGGGACCUGGAUAAAGGAGCCUGAAGGAGGGUAUUUCACCUCACCCAACUACCCCGAGAAAUACCCGCCUGAGAGGGAAUGUGUCUACAUUAUAGAAGCCGCUCCCAGGCAGUGCAUCGACUUAUUCUUUGAUGACAACUAUUCCAUAGAACCAUCCUGGGAGUGCAAGUUCGACCACAUCGAGGUCCGAGAUGGGCCCUUUGGGUUCUCGCCCAUCAUUGGUCGCUACUGCGGGCAGGAAAGCCCAGCAUAUGUCCGCUCCAGCGGGAGAUACCUGUACAUCAAGUUUGUGGCCGAUGGGGAACUGGAGGCCACUGGUUUCUCUGCCCGGUAUAACUUCACACAAGAUCCUGAGUUCAAAGACCUUGGGGAUCUGCCAGCUCUGCCAUUUUGUGAUUUUGAGCUGAGCGGUCCGGAAGGCUUUGUAGAAUCCACCCAGAUAGCCGCAGAGGGCCGGGCGCUGCAGACCGAGGCUAUAGACUGCAGGUGGUACAUCAAGGCUCCACCAAAAGCUCGGAUCUACAUGCGUUUCCUGGAGUACGAGAUGCACAACUCGAACGAGUGCAAGCGUAACUUUGUCGCAAUCUACGAUGGCAGCAGUUCAGUUGAGCACCUGAAGAAUAAGUUCUGCUCCACGGUGGCCAACGAUGUCAUGCUGGUGUCCUCUGUGGGCGUGGUGAGACUGUGGGCAGACGAGGGAAGCAGGAAGAGCAAAUUCAGGAUCCUCUUCACAACCUUCCAUGAACCGCCGUGUGAAGGAGAAACUUUCUUUUGCCAUAGCAACAUGUGCAUUAACCAAACCCUGGUCUGCAAUGGUAUCCAGAACUGUGUUUACCCAUGGGAUGAGAAUCACUGCAAAGAGAAAAGGAAAGCCAGUAUUCUGGACACGCUGGAUCACACUAACCUCACCAUCAUUGGAGUAACCUGUGGCCUAGUUGUCAUCCUGCUCGUCAUCUCUGUCAUCAUCCAGAUCAAACAGCCUCGCAAGAAAUACAUCAUCCGCAGAGAUGACUUUGACCCUGCCCUCCUGCACCCUGGUUUUGAGCCUCCUCACUACGAGCUCUGCACUCUGCGCCGCGCCCCAUCCGGUGAACUGACUGACGCCGCCCUGGCCGAGGACUUUGAGAAGUUCCACAAACUCCGCCGCUCCUCCUCCAAAUGCAUCCGCGACCACCACUGCGGCUCUCAGCAUGGGAGCGUGCAUGGCAGUGUCCACGGUAGCCGCAGCAAUCUGAGCAUGAGGGAUGCUACCGUCACCGACGGGGGGGUUCUUGUGCCGCCGCCACCGCCGCCGGUGAUGGUGAGCCAGCAGUCACCGCGCCUCUCCCACCACACCACACCAGCAGGCCGAAGGAGCAUCCUGGUGAUGAAGCAUAGCUAUUCUCAGGACGCAGCAGAGGGGUACAGGCCGGAGGAGGAGGAUGACCUGAUGAUGGAUGAUGGUCCCACCACCAGCCAGCACCACAUGCACCACCACCAUAUGCACCAUGGGAAGUCAGGGCUGGACCACACUGUCCACCGUACACUGUCUAAUGACUUCUAAUGUAAGGCAACAUGGAAAUAAGAAAAUGUUAAAAGCACAUAAUCACCUCAGUUCUUUAUCUGUGGAGGUUAAAAUCCCUGACUCCCUUUUAAAUAAGAUUU